AUGACCAAAGUCAAUAUUCCAUCAAUGUUAGUCUCUCCCAAUUCACCUACACCAAAAAGUACAAACUCCAUUUAUUCGCUCUUUUCUCUUAAAACUCCCUCUAUAAAAUCCUCAUUAAAAUCGCCACAAAAAUCUCCAAUCAAAUCAUUCAAGUCAACUACUACUUCUUCAAAGAAUGAAAUAAAAUAUGUAUUAAAUGGUGCGAAAAGAGUAUUAACAAAAUUUCAACAUUUUAAUCAUCAUCAUGAAUUCGUAAAGUGUACCGGAUUCAUCGAACAAGUAAUUAAAAUAUUGGAAAAUGUUGGAACUUUAUCGAAAAAUAAAAGAGAUCAAUUAAUUGAAACUAAAGAAUAUAAUGAUUGUAGUACCUUGAUUUCUGAAAUUGAAUAUUACUUCAAAAAACAUGAUCAAGAAAAUUCAAAUCCAUCCGAAGUUGAGGAAUCUCUCAAAAAAUUCGUUCUUAACUUGGAAAUUGUCGUUAAUGCUAUCCAGCGAGCCUCUGAACAUUUGAAAACAAAGAAAGGAAGUAAAUGGAGUCCUUCUAACGUUUCGAAAAUAAAAACGAUUGGAAAAUUGAUGGUGAUGAAAAAGGAAUCAGAUCGAAUUAAAGAUGAUGGCGAUUUCGUUCCUCUUACGCAUGAGGAGGAACCUGUGAUUCAACAAGGAUUAAAUAUUCCGACCUGUGAAGUAGAAGAACCGUCAAACAUCCCGACAAGUGUGGAAGAUCCAUUGAACGUUCCGACGAGCCAGAAAGAAAAUUCAAUUGAACCUGUUAUCCAACGAGAAGUAAUUAUUCCGAAAAGUUUAAGUAGGGAAGACGAAAGUCCAAAUGAAACUAUCAUUCAACAAGAUAUCAUUAUGCCGACAGGUUUCAUUAAACAAGAAUUGAUCAUUCCAACAGGUCUCAAUCGUGAGGGCAAUUAUGAAGGAAUGUUUUUUAAUAAUAAACUUUCCGAGAAAUGUAUUGGAAUCAUUUCAAGAGAUGAUAUCAAAUUCACUAAAUUUAAAGAUGAAAUGUCAUAUCUCAUGGAUUUAUCAUAUGGUUGUAACAAUAUUCUCUCGGUAAAAGGAUUUACUGAACGUUCGAUUAAGGAAAAUCCUUCCAUUUUGAUUUAUAUUGUGAAUUUCUUAAGUUCUUUCUUCUUUAACUAUAAAAAUAAACAUGCAACCAUGUUGGUUACCGAAUGGGCGGAAUUUAAUCUUCCAGAUUAUUUAAAAAAAAAUGAUCUAGAUUGGAGUGCUAAACUUUCUAUCGCUCGUGGAAUUGCCAAUGCGUUGAAUCAUAUUCACAAUUUAAACCUACUUCAUUACAACGUCAAAAGUGAUAGUGUCUUAUUGGAUCAUGAUCUUGAACCAAAACUUCAUAAAUUUGGUAAGGAUGCAAAAGAUUGCGUCUUUUUAAAAUCAGCAGGAUCAUUAAAACCUUCAAAUUGGUCAGCUCCUGAAGUUAAACGAGGAGGAAAAUACACUUCAGCAAGUGAGGUUUAUAGCUUUGGAGUUAUUCUUUGGGAGAUUGCCACGCAAGAAUGUCUAUCAGGAAAUAAAUCUAUCGAUAAAAGAGAUAUUGUUGAUGCGCCUACAAAUUAUCUUACCAUCAUGAAAAGUGCUUUGGAUCAAGAGCCUCAAAAUCGUCCAACUAUGCAAGAGAUGUUUGAUACUCUGAGUCAAUUGGAGUCUUUUUAUAGCGUCCGUCAACAAAAACAACAAAAUCUCUCGAUAAGAAAUAUUAUAAAUAUUUUAAAUACGAAUUCUGCUGUUUCUAGCUCAUCUGAGGAUCUCACUAUUGAUUCUGCAUCAUCACGAGUUACAUCACGUGAAAACUCACCAGCACCUUCAAUAUCAGAUCAAGAAUAUAUGUUCUUCACCAAUAAUGUCAAUAUUACUUCAAAAGUUGAAAAUUCUACCGAUAAUGACGAAUUUACUGUUAGCGAAUCUACUUCAAGUAUUGAAAAAUCUCCCACCGUUAAUGCCGAUGAUACUGAAAAAUCAUCAAUAUUUACCACCAAUGACGUCGAUUAUCACUCAGAUACCGAAAAUUCAACAACCAUCAUCAAUAAUGUCGAAGCAAAUGCUGAAAAGUCACCUACUUCUACCAAUGACAUCGAUUAUCAUUCAGAUAUCGAAAUUUCAACUUCCACCAAUGACAUCGACUACCAUUCAGAUACCGAAAUUUCAACAAAUUUCACCAAGGAUGUUGAAACAAUUGCUGAAAAAUCACCAACUUCCACCAAUAACGUCGACUACCAUUCAGAUACCGAAAUUUCAACUUCCACUAAUGUCGUCGACUAUCAUUCAGAUACCGAAAGUUCAACAAAUUUCAUCAAGGAUGUAGAAACAAAUGCUGAAAAGUUACCAACUUCUACCAAUGACGUCGACUACCAUUCAGAUACCGAAAUUCCAACUUCUACCAAUGACGUCGAUUAUCAUUCAGAUACCGAAAGUUCAACAAAUUUCACCAAGGAUGUAGAAACAAAUGCUGAAAAGUCACCAACUUCCACCAUUGACGUCGACUACCAUUCAGAUACCGAAAUUUCAACUUCUACCAAUGACGUCGAUUAUCAUUUAGAUACCGAAAGUUCAACAAAUUUCACCAAGGAUGUAGAAGCAAAUGCUGAAAAGUCACCAACUUCCACCAAUGACGUCGAUUAUCAUUCAGAAACCGAAAGUUCAACAAAUUUCACCAAGGAUGUUGAAACAAAUGCUGAAAAGUCACCAACUUCCACCAAUGACGUCGAUAAUUACAGCAAUUUUUUCCAAGGAACUCAUACUUACUCAAUAAUUGUUGUUAAACACUUCAAACAUAUCCAUGAUUGUAAUAAAUGUCAAGAGCUAGAAAAAAUGCUUAUUCAGUCAGAUAAAAAAGUAUUUCCUAUGGAAGCAAGAGAUAUCGAUACAACUACCAGUUCCUCGGUCAGUAAUAAUACAUUUGUAAUCUACCAUUCAGAUACCGAACUUUCAACUUCCACCAAUGACAUCGAUUGUCAUUCAGGUACCGAAAGCUCAACAAAUUUCACCAAGGAUGUUGAAACAAAUGCUGAAAAGUCACCAGCUUUCACCAAUGACGUCGAUUAUCAUUCAGAUACCGAAAGUUCAACAAAUUUCACUAAGAAUGUCGAAACAAAUGCCGACAAGUCACCAACUUCUACCAAUGACGUCGGCUGUCAUUCAGGUACCGAAAGUUCAACAAAUUUCUCCAAGAAUGUCGAAACAAAUGCCGACAAGUCACCAACUUCCACCAAUGAUGUCGACUACCAUUCAGAUACCGAAAGUUCAAUUUCCACCUAUAACGUCGAUUAUCAUUCAGGUACCGAAAGUUCAACAAAUUUCACUAAGAAUGUCGAAACAAAUGCCGACGAGUCACCUACCUCCACCAAUGACGUCGGCUGUCAUUCAGGUACCGAAAGUUCAACAAAUUUCACCAAGGAUGUUGAUGCAAUUGCUGAAAAGUCACCAAUUUCCACCAAUGACGUCGGCUGUCAUUUAGAUACUGAAAGUUCAACAAAUUUCACCAAGGAUGUUGGUACAAAUGCUGAAAAGUCACCAACUUCCACCAAUAACGUCGACUACCAUUCAGAUACUGAAAGUUCAACUUCCACCAAUAACGUCGAUUAUCAUUCAGAUACUGAAAGUUCAAUUUCCACCAAUGACGUCGACUGUCAUUCAGAUACCGAAAGUUUAACAAAUUUCACCGAGGAUGUAGAAACAAAUGCUGAAAAGUCACCAACUUCCACCAAUAACGUCGACUACCAUUCAGAUACUGAAAGUUCAAUUUCCACCUAUAACGUCGAUUAUCAUUCAGAUACCGAAAAUUCAACCAAUAAUGUCGAAACAAAUGCUGAAAAUUCACCAACUUUCACUAAUAAUAUCAAAUCUACUUCGGAUACUGUAAUACUUACCAAUGAUGUAAAUUCUGCUUCAAAUAUUGAGAACAUUGAUUUGAAUGAAUUUAAGAAACUUCAUAACAAUAAACAGUAUCGUAAAGCAUUUAAAUUAAUUAAUGGUUAUGCCAAACUGGAUCCUAAAGUACUAUUUUGGAUGGGAUAUUAUCAUUAUAAAGGAUAUCAUGAAUCAUCACCAUAUAAGCCAGAUAUAAUGACAAGCCUAAAAUACUUAGAAGCAGGAGCAAAAUUAAAUGAUCCCGACGCACAAUACUAUUAUUCUCAUAUAAUAUUUCAUUGUUGUUUAAAUGGCAUAGAGAAUGGAUAUGAAAUUGCUUUAAAACAUUUGAAAAAAGCAUCAGAACAAAAUCAUCCAGCUAGUAUGCUCGAAUUAGGUAAGUAUAUGAUAGAUGGUAAAUUUGGUUGUAAAAAAGACAUUACAUCUGGUAAAACUUUGAUCCGACGGGCUAAGGAAUUAGGCAACAGAUCAGCUAAUUCUGACCAGAAAGUAGAUGGCACGAAAGCAAGGAAAUAUCAAAGAACUUCAAAUGCAUCUACAAGUCCUUUGAAAAGAAACGUUUAUCAAAGGAGAAGCAGAACAUCAUCAAAUGCUAGCUCAGCUUCUUCCAUAAGAUCUAUGAUAGUUUCUAAAUCAUUUUCUAGCAAAAAAACUAACACAAUAACAAUGGAUCAGACAUAG